GAUGACUCGACCGUGGAAUCAAAAGGCAAAACAUCUGGCAAGCUCAGCCAGGCACAGUUCGUCUUAUUGCAUCCACUAAACGACAAGCGUGCGAACUUUAGUCCCAAUUUGUGACCAAAAUGUGGUCGUUUGUUCUUCUCCUCGUGAUUUUCCCAGCUGUAUCGACUGCUCAUGGAGGCGGGGAUCACCAUCAGGAACUUAUUACUGAUUUGAACCAGGCUAGGGAGUUCUUAGCCAGCUACAACGAGAGUUUAUCGGUGCUGGAGUAUGAAGCCACUCUAGCUGGCUGGGAGUUUUCCACCAAUAUCUCGGAUCACAACGAGCAGAAGGAGGUGGAAGCGAAUUUGGUGUACGCGGCGUUUAUCAAUGAAGCGGGACAGAACGCCAGCCGUUUCGACGAUACAACUUUCCCCGAUGACGUCAGACGACGACUGAGCAAGAUACGUGACAUUGGGACGGCGGCGCUCGAUUCGGCCAAAGUGGAAGAGUUGAAUGAAUUGAUCAAUUCUAUGACCGAUAACUACAGCACUGGCACGGUAUGCCGGCCGGAGAAUGCGAGCGUAUGUCUGCAACUUGAACCUGGGUUGACUCGAGUAAUGGCCAAUUCCCGAGAUUGGAAUGAGCUGGUCUGGGCAUGGGAAGGAUUUCGGGACCGAGUUGGCGUUCCCAACAAACCUCUGUAUGCCCGUUAUAUUGAACUUAGCAAUGAAGCAGCUCGUCUCAAUGGAUAUCCCGAUACAGGAGCGUACUGGCGUUCAUACUACGAGGUCGAGGAUUUAGUUGGGCAAGCUUACAAAUUAUACAACGACAUCCUCCCGCUGUACAAGCAACUCCAUGCCUACGUCCGGGGAAUCAUGCACAAAACCCAUGGGGAUAAAGUUGACAUCAAGGGGCGUAUUCCAUCUAACCUAUUAGGUGACAUGUGGGGGCGCUUUUGGGGCAACAUUUAUAAACAGGUGUUGCCUUAUCCGGACACACCAGAUAUUGACGUCACUGACACUAUGGUUGCCAAGGGAUUUACCCCACUGCGAAUGUUCCAACUUGCCGACGAUUUCUUCGCGUCUUGCGGACUCAAGAGAGUCAACCAGAAGUUCUGGAACUACUCCAUGCUGGAGAAACCCUCCGAUGGUCGGGAGGUGGUGUGCCACCCCUCCGCUUGGGACAUGGGCAACGAACAGGAUGUCAGAAUAAAGAUGUGUACAGAGGUGAACAUGGAGUAUUUCCAGAUUGUUCAUCAUGAGAUGGGGCAUAUACAGUACUACCUACAGUACGCUGACUUGCCCACGUCCUUCCGUGAUGGAGCCAAUCGUGCCUUCCAUGAGGCAGUUGGGGAGGUCAUUACCUUGUCGGUAGCCACGCCCACUCACCUGUCACACCCGGAUGUUGGGCUGUUGAACGACACCAUGGGCGAGGUUGAUAGUCAAGAAACGGACAUCAACUUUCUUCUGAAAACUUCACUGAACACCAUCGGUACUCUACCGUUCAGCUUGGCAUUAGAACAGUGGCGAUGGGACGCGUUUGCCGGUACGGUGGAGCAGGGCAAAUGGAACGAACGGUGGUGGCAGCUCAAACAUGAUCUUGUCGGUGUCAAGGCGCCUGUGGAUCGAACUGAGGAAGAUUUCGAACCUGGCGCCAUGUUUCACAUUCUCGUUGACUACUCCUUUCUCAGAUAUUUCAUACGAACCAUCAUCCAAUUCCAGUUCCACAAAGGUCUCUGCGAUGCUGCCGGGCACACUGGGCCGCUCCACCGGUGUGAUAUCUACAAAUCCACGGCGGCUGGAGACAAACUGGCCCACAUGUUGAAGUUGGGCUCUAGCAAGCCGUGGCCAGACGCAAUGGAAGCCAUUACGGGUCAAAGGUCAAUGUCAGCCGACGCCAUCAACGACUACUUUGCGCCAUUGAUGACGUGGUUGGAAGAGACCAAUAGGAAGAACGGAGAGACGAUCGGAUGGGACUCUGGAGGUGUGGUUUAUAGCAUGUCGUUGACACUUCUGCUAGCGUGCAUGUUGGUGGCAACAUAUGCCGUCUAAUCGUACCUAUUCACGGCCUAGUCAUUUCCCCAUCGCACGGUAAACCCACGGAAAGGAAUUAUACUUGUCCCGCUGACAGAGCAGGAAAUUCGGCACAGAUCGAAACGUUGAUUCAUCAUCCCAGGUGCGCAUUAACGGAGUAAUGUUGUUGGAACGCAUCCAGGUUCUCAGCUCUUGACCAGAUUUUAGCGGGAAAUGGUACAAUUUGGCGUUCAAUGACAAACUAACUGUACGUAGGCCUACGUCUUUACUUAAAAUUGGCUUCCAAAUUUUUGUCCCGAGACUUUUUUAAUCCAAAUAGUUCUCUAAAUACCUCUUGGAUUUUUUGCUCGAUCCCUGGUAUGAAAUAAACCGAACCAGAUAAGUUGUAUGGCCCUGCAUGGGACCGACCCGAUUCUUGCAGUAUAGUAAGAUAGGCGUAUGCCUUAAUACGAUCGCAGUGUAACUAUCUGUAAUUUAAAGGGAGUUGUAUCAAUGCAGUGCGAAUUACAUUGAAUUGGUUUUGACAGGUUAACCUUAUGGGUUUUUUAAAUGUUAUUCUCGACCGGUAUCUUCUUCCUUCCUUCAUUCUAAAUCCACGAUGAUUCCACUAGAUCUGCUUUAAUCCCGUAGGCAUUAUGGUCGACAGGUGUUUCUACACUUUAGCUUUCGUUUUUUGGCCAUUUUCCAAUUCUCGUCUGCAUUCCGGCUUCAUCCCCGGCUUACGGUGCUCCAGUUCGAACUAAAUGAAAAUACUUCGGUUACUAUGUGUCAGAAAUUCGAGGCUCUGUUGAGCAGAAGGGCCUCAGCUGGGACCUAAAAUCCUGGAGCUGAUUUAAGCCAAAGGUCGAACUGGCAAUAUGCCAAAGUUUACCCAAGUUUGGGGCUCUUUUUCCCCUAGUGCAAUGGGCUUAACUGUCAACAGAGGGCGCCAAACCAAUGUCGCUUUUCAUGGAUCGACGCUUUAAAGUUAAUGCAUUACCUUCAUAAACCUUAAAAUAAGUAAGAUUUAUCAUUUGAAAAAAACCAGUAAAAUUACUCUAAACCUAAACAGUGUCUUAUCUAGUCUCCAUUAUCUGCCUUUAAUGUUGCAAUGCCUUUUCUCGAAUGCCGUAAAAUAAAUUAUGUGUCACUCACAAAAUCUUUUCAGUGUAUAUGCUUUAUUUGACGCUCAUAGUAAGAACAACCGAGUAUAAGGCCAAAAAAAAAAA